CCACAUCCAGUGGAUCCGGCGCCGCCGCUCUGCUACAUUGUAUCAUCCUUCUAUCCGUUGUAACGUCGUAUUGCCACUGUGUCUAUAAUCGGCGUGUUCCUGUAUCAUCCUCCUUGUAUCCACACUGUUCCUGGGGGGUCGCCUGUCUCCCUCUCGUCUCUGUCUCUCGGUUCUCCCACCGUUUUUGAGCGGCAUUCUUUUCGAGCGUCUUUUAUGAAUAAUCAAAAGCAGCAGAAGCCAACGCUAACCGGACAGCGUUUUAAGACUCGGAAAAGAGAUGAAAAGGAGAGAUUUGACCCUUCUCAGUUUCAGGAAAGUAUCGUGCAAGGUCUGAAUCAGACUGGAACUGAUCUGGAAGCAGUCGCAAAGUUCCUCGAUGCUUCUGGUGCAAAGCUCGACUACCGUCGCUAUGCAGAGACCCUCUUUGACAUCCUGGUGGCUGGUGGAAUGUUGGCCCCAGGUGGUACUCUUUCCGAUGACAUGACCCGCACGGAGUUCUGCCUCUUCAAAGCACAAGAGGACCUGGAAACCAUGCAAGCGUAUGCUCAGGUUUUUAACAAGCUGAUCAGGCGUUACAAGUACCUGGAGAAAGGUUUCGAAGACGAGAUCAAGAAGCUGCUGCUCUUUCUCAAGGGCUUCACAGAGUCUGAGCGCAACAAGCUGGCCAUGCUGACCGGCAUCCUCCUGGCCAACGGCAACAUCUCGGCCUCCAUCCUCAGCAGCCUCUUCAACGAGAACCUCGUGAAAGAAGGCGUCUCCGCGGCCUUCGCCGUGAAGCUCUUUAAAUCGUGGAUAAACGAGAAAGACAUCAACUCUGUGGCCGCCAGCCUCCGCAAGGUCGGCAUGGAUAACCGGCUGAUGGAGCUGUUCCCUGCCAACAAGCGGAGUUGCGAACACUUCUCAAAGUACUUCACGGAUGCCGGGCUCAAGGAGCUGUCGGACUUUGCCCGCAAUCAGCAGUCCAUCGGGGCGCGGAAGGAGCUGCAGAAGGAGCUGCAGGAGCAAAUGUCGCGCGGAGACGCGUUCAAAGACAUCAUCGCCUACGUGAAGGAGGAGAUGAAGAAGUCCAACAUCUCGGAGCAGACGAUGAUCGGCAUUGUGUGGUCCAGCGUGAUGAGCUCUGUGGAGUGGAACAAGAAGGAGGAGCUGGUCACGGAACAAGCCAUCAAACACCUGAAGCAAUACAGCCCUCUCCUGAAGGCAUUCACAUCGCAGGGCCUGUCGGAGCUCACGCUGCUGCUCAAGAUCCAGGAGUACUGCUACGACAACAUCCACUUCAUGAAGGCCUUCCAGAAGAUCGUGGUGCUGCUCUACAAAGCGGACGUUCUGAGCGAGGAGGCGAUUCUCAAGUGGUACACGGAUGCCCACGUUGCCAAAGGAAAGAGUGUGUUCCUGGAGCAGAUGAAGAAGUUUGUGGAGUGGCUCAAAAAUGCCGAAGAAGAGUCGGAGUCCGAGGAGGAGGAGGGCGACUGAGCACCCGGCGCACGGCUCCGUUCGGCGGCUGCAGGAGAAGUAGAGCGUUUUGUUAUGGACCCCCGUCUGGUCCCUCCUUUGUUUAUCUUCUACCUCCUGCAUUUGUUUUCCAACCGUAACGUUUAGGUGUGAUUUAAGGGCUUUAACCACCACUUUAUUUUAACUCUUUUUGUAUCUAAUAAAUGUUUACACUUCAUAGAUCAAGAAUUCUAAACCUCCACAUCAAUGUUUUCUAUGAAGUUUCCACUGCUGCCAUGUUGGGAAAUUAUUCAGAUUUGUUCUGGUCCAGGUUUUUUUUUUUUUUUUUUCUUUCUUAAAUUUUAUUAAACCAAUUUUCCCACAAAAGGAAACAUUCAACAUAAUGUGCGGCAUUUGGAUAUUACUGUUCAGACAGGGUGGAAUCCCUCGUCUGCGUCGAGCGGACGGAGGCCUGAUGGGUUUGAAACGUUUUAGGCACCCCCCGCCCCGCCCCCUUUUCUUUUGCCUUUUUGCCCAAGCAGUAAAGCCCUUCCUUCCCCAUUUACCACAUCUCUGCUGUGGUCGUCCAAAAAUUGUACAGAACAGUCACCUGCAGUACAGGUGUGGCUGGCGUCCCCCUCGAGGAGCUCGCGGUCCCUCUGUUACAUAACGGGGCAGGUCAGUGAGUCAUUCAGCUCUUUCU